AUGGCAACAGUACCUGGACCUCUUGUUUGGGAGAUUGUGAAGAGGAACAACUCUUUCUUGGUUAAGGAGUUCGGUAACAACACUCAGAGUGUUCAGUUUAGCAGAGAGCCAAACAAUCUCUACAACCUCAACUCCUUCAAGUACUCCGGUUUGGCCAAUAAGAAAACUGUUACUAUUCAGCCAGCUGGCAAAGAUCAGUCUGUGUUGUUGGCCACCACCAAGCCAAGGAAGCAGAACAAGCCUUCCGCUUUGCUUCACAAAUCUGUGAUGAAGAAGGAGUUUAGGAGGAUGGCAAAGGCUGUUCAAAAUCAGGUGGCAGAUAACUACUACAGACCAGAUCUCAAGAAGGCUGCUCUUGCAAGGUUGAGUGUUGUUAACAGAAGCCUCAAAGUUGCAAAGUCUGGUGCAAAGAAGAGGAACAGACAUGCUUGA